AUGGCGGCUCCGACCAAGAUCUCGAUUUUAGGGCGGGAGAGCAUCGUCGCGGACUACGGCAUCUGGGGAACAUACAUUGUCCAAGACCUGCUGACCAACCUUGCCUCAACUACGUACGUGCUCGUAACGGAUACCAAUCUUGGCUCUUUAUAUCGGGAACAGUUCGCAAAAGUAUUCAACGAAGCCGCCGCGGCGUUGUCGCCGGCUCCCCGUCUCCUCACGAAAGAGAUCCCCCCCGGAGAAAACUCCAAGUCCCGCCAAGGAAAAGCCGAUAUCGAGGAUUGGAUGCUUCAGCAGACAUGUGGUCGGGAUACGGUUAUUAUUGCUUUGGGCGGUGGUGUGAUUGGGGACUUGCUCGGCUUUGUCGCCGCAACUUACAUGCGCGGUAUUAGAUUCGUCCAGGUGCCUACGACACUGUUGGCAAUGGUCGACUCUUCUAUCGGAGGAAAGACUGCAAUCGAUACUCCACUGGGUAAGAAUCUAAUUGGAGCGAUCUGGCAACCUCACCGAAUCUACAUCGACAUUGACUUUAUCGAUACCCUCCCCGAAAGAGAAUUCAUCAACGGCAUGGCAGAAGUCAUCAAAACUGCAGCGAUUUCCGACGAGAAGGAGUUUGCAGCUUUGGAGCAACAUGCCGAUGCAAUCUUGAAAGCUGCUCGCAGUAAACCAGGAAAAGGACGAUUCGAUUCUGUGCGACAAGUCGUGAAAGAUCGCAUUGUCGCUUCAGCACGACACAAGGCGUUUGUGGUGACUGCGGAUGAGCGUGAAGGUGGUCUGCGCAAUCUCCUCAAUUUGGGCCAUUCGAUUGGCCAUGCGAUUGAAGCGAUUCUGUCACCUCAGGUCCUCCAUGGUGAAUGUGUCGCUAUUGGUAUGGUCAAGGAAUUGGAACUCGCUAGAUACCUCGGUAUCCUCAAGCCUGUCGCCGUUUCCCGAAUGGUCAAAUGCCUUUCCAAAUAUGGUCUGCCUACAUCUCUCAAAGAUUCACGGGUGAGGAAACACACUGCUGGCAAACACUGCUCUUUGGAGCAGCUGAUGGCCAAUAUGGCCUUGGACAAGAAGAACGACGGUCCUAAGAAAAAGGUUGUCUUGCUAUCUGCUAUUGGACAAACCUACGAGCAAAAGGCUAGUGUCGUUUCCAACGAAGACAUCAGAGCCGUUCUGGCACCCAGCGUUGAAGUGAUCCCUGGGGUGCCCAAGGACCUCAAUGUCGUUUGUGCCCCUCCCGGCUCAAAGAGUAUCUCCAACAGAGCUCUUGUUCUUGCAGCUCUCGGAUCGGGUACAGUCCGUGUCAAAAACCUACUUCAUUCGGACGACACAGAGGUCAUGCUCAACGCUCUAGAGCGCCUCGGCGCCGCGACCUUUGCCUGGGAAGAUGAAGGAGAGGUCCUCGUUGUGAACGGCAAUGGUGGUAAAAUGCAGGCAAGCCCUACGGAGUUGUACUUGGGCAAUGCCGGUACUGCCUCGAGAUUUCUUACAUCGGUUGCAACUCUCUCGGGCAAAGGAUCUGUCGACUACAAUAUCCUCACUGGAAACAACCGUAUGAAGCAGAGACCUAUUGGUGAUCUUGUCGAUGCGCUCACUGUGAAUGGUGCUCAAGUUGAGUAUCUGGAAAAAGCCGGUAGUUUGCCACUGAAGAUUGCUGCGUCAGGUGGUUUCAAGGGCGGUCGUAUCAACCUCGCUGCCAAGGUCUCUUCCCAAUAUGUGUCAUCGCUUUUGAUGUGCGCACCUUACGCUAAGGAGCCUGUUACUUUGAAACUGGUUGGAGGCAGACCUAUUUCGCUCUCUUAUAUUGAGAUGACCACGGCUAUGAUGCGAUCCUUUGGAAUUGAUGUUCAAAAAUCAACGACCGAGGAGUGGACCUACCACAUUCCGCAAGGAUCAUACUCUAAUCCUCCAGAGUAUGUUAUUGAAAGUGACGCAAGUUCUGCGACGUAUCCUCUGGCAAUCGCUGCGGUCACCGGCACAACCUGUACAGUCCCCAAUAUUGGUUCCGCUAGUUUGCAAGGCGAUGCUCGCUUUGCAGUAGAGGUAUUGCGACCAAUGGGUUGCAAGGUCGAGCAAACUGCUACUUCUACUACAGUAACAGGUCCAGCAGAUGGCGUGCUACGACCCCUGCCGAAUGUUGAUAUGGAACCGAUGACCGAUGCUUUCCUCGGCGCUUCUGUGCUUGCUGCGAUUGCACAAGGCGAGGGGGGAAACCACACUACCAGGAUCUACGGUAUUGCCAACCAGCGAGUCAAGGAAUGCAAUCGUAUUGAAGCUAUGAGGGUGGAAUUGGCCAAGUUUGGAGUUGUAUGUCGCGAACAUCCUGAUGGACUUGAGAUUGAUGGUAUUGAUCGAUCUACACUUCGACACCCCGCUGGCGGCGUUUUCUGCUACGAUGAUCACCGUGUCGCGUUCAGCUUCAGUAUCUUGUCUUUGGUCGCUCCCACACCUACGCUCAUUCUGGAGAAGGAAUGUGUUGGUAAAACAUGGCCAACAUACUGGGACGCUCUGAAACAAAAAUUCGGAGUGAGCCUCAGAGGCAAGGAACUCGCCGAGAGCGAAAUCGCGCAUGGACCAGCCGAUCGGUCAAAUGCUUCCAUCGUCAUCAUUGGUAUGCGUGGAGCAGGAAAGACGACGACCGGGCGAUGGGCUGCCAAAGCACUUAAUAGGAAAUUCGUCGAUCUUGAUGUUGAACUGGAGCAGACAGAGGGCAAGACUAUACCAGAUCUCAUCAAAGAGCGCGGCUGGCAAGGAUUCCGUGAAGUUGAGCUUACACUGUUCAAGCGCGCACUGACUGAGCGACCUACGGGUCAUGUUUUUGCUUGUGGAGGUGGUAUUGUUGAGAUUGCGGAAGCAAGAAAGAUCCUUAUCGAUUACCACAAGAACAAGGGUAAUGUCCUUUUGGUUAUGAGAGAUAUCAAAAAAGUCAUGGAGUUCUUGAACAUCGACAAGACUCGACCCGCUUAUAUCGAAGACAUGAUGAGCGUGUGGCUGCGACGCAAACCUUGGUACCAGGAGUGCAGCAACGUACAAUAUUACAGUAGACAUAGCAGCUCGCCAGAGCUUGCGCUUGCUAUGGACGAUUUUGACCGAUUCAUUCAGUUUGUAUCUGGCAAGACGGAUCAUUUGAGUGCCAUUAGAAGGAAACGUCUCUCUUUCUUUGUGUCUCUAACCCUGCCAGAUCUGCGCGAUAGUGGCGAUCUACUCCGCACAGUUGCUUCUGGUUCUGACGCCGUUGAGCUGCGCGUUGAUCUGCUCAAAGAUCCAUCAUCAGACAGCGUCAUUCCCUCGGCUGAGUACGUGGCUGAGCAAAUUUCGUUCUAUCGCAGUCGGGUCUCCCUUCCUAUUGUCUUUACGAUACGUACUGUCAGCCAGGGAGGAAAGUUCCCUGAUGACGCUCACGAUGCUGCCUUGGAGUUGAUUAUGCUCGCUAUUCGCAGUGGAUGUGAAUUCAUCGAUUUGGAGAUUACGUUCCCCGAAGACUUGCUACGAAAAGUGACUGAAGCCAAGGCUCACGCUAAGAUUAUUGCAUCCCAUCAUGACCCUCAGGGAAAGCUUAACUGGGCUAACGGAUCCUGGAUUCAAUAUUACAACAAAGCCCUGCAGUACGGAGACAUCAUCAAACUAGUGGGCGUGGCAGAAACCCUCAAAGACAACACCGCGCUGCGAGAAUUCAAAGACUGGGCGGAACAAGCUCAUCCCGAUGUACCCGUCAUUGCCAUCAACAUGGGUGACAAGGGACAACUGAGUCGUAUGCUCAACGGUUUCCUCACACCUGUGUCUCACCCUGCUCUUCCUUUCAAGGCUGCACCAGGACAGUUGUCAGCAACCGAAAUCCGCAAAGGAUUGUCAAUCAUGGGCGAGAUACCAGCCAAGAAAUUUGCGAUUUUCGGAAAGCCCGUCUCAGCCUCUCCCUCGCCACCAAUGCACAAUACUCUUUUUGAGCAGAAUGGUCUGCCGCAUGUAUACACCCGGUUGGAGACUGACCAAGCACAGGACGUCAAAGAGUUCAUUCGCUCUCCCGAUUUUGGAGGUGCAUCAGUCACAAUCCCGCUUAAGCUGGACAUCAUUCCGCUCAUCGACGAGGUGCUCAACGAAGCCGAGAUUAUCGGCGCAGUCAACACCAUCAUCCCCGUCGAGGGCAAGGACGGCCGCACCCGCCUGAUUGGUCGCAACACCGACUGGUCCGGCAUCGCGCGAUGUCUCCGCGAGGCCGGCGCGCACAGCAAUGAAGGCAAAUCCAGCGCUUUGGUCAUUGGUGGCGGAGGCACAGCGCGUGCCGCAAUCUACGCUCUGCAUCACAUGGGCUUUUCGACCGUGUACGUCCUCGGCCGUUCGCCCGAGAAGAUUCAAAACAUGGCCUCUACAUUCCCAACAGGCUUUGACAUUCGCGUGCUCGAGAAUGCCAGUGAUAUUGAGAAUAUCCCCCGUGUCGCCGUAGGCACCAUUCCAGGCGACAGGCCCAUUGAGGCGAAUAUGCGCGAGAUCCUCUGCACGAUUUUCGAGCGCGGCGGUCGUACUGGCCAGUCGGCAGCUGUUUUGCUCGAAAUGGCGUACAAGCCAUCGGUGACUCCGUUGAUGCAGCUGGCGUCUGACUCUGGCUGGACCACGAUCCCAGGGCUGGAGGCUCUUGUUGGGCAGGGAGUGUAUCAGUUUGAGUACUGGACGGGGAUUGUGCCUGUUUACGAGGUUGCUCGAAAUGCUGUCCUCGGUACGAGCAAGUAA